AUGGCCGAAGCCUGUUUUUUGGGGCCAGUGCCUCGACCAAAAUCGGUCGGUGAGUCUGGACUGAUCCAAUGUUACGAAGGCGGUGAAACGAGACUGAUUGUAUCAUGGAGUCUUGGUGCUUUCGGAAGAAAAGAAACUUACGCCUUAGCCGAUGAUCUUAUUUUUUUCUGCUCAUCUAUAUCUGAAAAUGAAGAAACUACAAUAAAAGCCGAAAAGGAUUUAAUCGAGUGUUUUGCAUUUGAAGGAGCAGUGCUUAACGAAAGUCACUCUUCAGAACUCAUGCAAAAUAUGGAAUCUAUCUUAAAGGAAAAGCCUUUAACACACAAUGUUUUUUAUAAUGCAUUUUCAAAUUUGAGUCAAGUUCCAGUUGAUAAGAAAUUUCAAAAUGGAAAUAAUCAUCACAAAUGCAAUAUUUGCGAUAAAUUAUAUAACUCAAAAGCAAAUUUGACUAGACACGUUAAGAUUCAUACCAGAGAAGAAUCCGAGGAACCAGAGAAGAAAUCAAUCUGUGCCUAUUGUAAUAAAUCAUAUACUAAAUCAUAUUUGAAAACACACACAAAGAUUCAUACUGGUCAAAAUCUGCAUAAUUGUGAUAUCUGCAAUAAGAAAUAUUGUCUUAAAUCAACUCUAACAUAUCAUAAAAGAACACAUACCGGAGUAAAACCGUACAAAUGUGAUAUCUGCGAUAGUAAAUUUUCUCAGAGCUCAACUCUAACAUAUCAUAAAAGAACACAUACCGGAGUAAAGCCGUUCAAAUGUGAUAAGUGUGAUAAACGGUUUUUUGGUCAAUCAAAUUUAUAUAGCCAUAUGAGGACACAUUCCUGUGUAAAAAUUUUUACAUGUGAUAUCUGUGAUCAGGAUUUUUCUCGGAAAGGAGAUUUAAUAAUUCAUUUAACUACACAUAUAUGUGUAAAUUUGUAUAAAUGUGAUAUAUGUUAUCAUAUUUUUAAAAAGAUAAAAAAUGUUAAAAAGCAUGUAAUGACAUUUCAUUUUUGAUAUGCGUUGAUACAGUUUU